AUGACAUCUAGUCCACAAUCAGGGGUAUUGACGCUAUUACACACGGCAUGUGGAGCUGGAAUACUAGCUAUGCCCUUUGCUUUUAAGCCUUACGGCUUAGUGUUGGGUUUCUUUCUCAUAACGUUUUGUGGAUUUUGUUCGAUCACUGGUCUUCUUUUACAGAGCUACGUAUCUACCUACGUCCCAUCUAGACAUGCUUCGUUCUUCUCGCUAUCACAGAUCACUUAUCCUGCAUUAAGUGUGGUAUUUGACUUUGCUAUUGCGAUCAAGUGCUUUGGGGUCGGGAUCUCAUACUUGGUUGUAGUUGGAGACUUGUUACCGCAAAUCAUGAUCAACUUUACGAGCAAUAGAUGGUUAUUGGAUCGAAAUAUCCUUAUAUCGGUGUGUAUGUUACUUGUUGUGACACCUUUGAGCUUCAUGAGGAGGUUAGAUUCGUUGAAAUACGCGUCGAUGGUGGCGGUAUCGUCCGUAGCAUACUUAUGUGUGCUUGUUGUGACCAGAUUCUUGUUCCCAUCGCCAGAAAUCGAGCAGAAUCGGGGUACUGUGUCGUUCUGGUUACCGGAAGAGACGUCACUAGGGUCUAUGUUGAGCACUUUCCCUAUAUUUGUGUUCGCCUACACUUGCCAUCACAAUAUGUUUUCGAUUGUAAACGAGUUGCGAGACAACUCUAUAAGAGGAUGCGUGAAGGUUGUGACCACCUCGAUUUCACUCGCAGUGGUGCUCUACGUUACUAUUGGUGGGUUGGGUUACCUUACUUUUGGCAACAACAUCACCGGCAACAUCAUCACUCUAUACCCACAAGCGCUUUCUAGCACCAUCGGGAGGGUUGCCAUACUUCUACUUGUCAUGCUAGCAUUUCCACUACAGUGCCACCCUGCAAGAGUCUCUAUAAACCACAUAUGGCACUAUUUCACAGAACCUGUUGCCCAGCCUAGAGAACUUGAAAACUCCGGCUUAAUAAGAAACGAGAUGUCGCCUACGGCGCCUUCUCCAGCGUACGACAUCUCCAGCGAGUACAUCUCAGAAGAAGAUCCCUCAACCCGCGUCAAACUAGUGCCCUUAGAUGAUUUCCGCUUCGUCAUUAUAACGACUGCAAUACUCAUCUUGUCUUACCUCAUCGCCAUCUCCGUGACCUCUCUAGCAAGAGUCUUGGCAAUUGUCGGCGCAACUGGCUCAACCUCCAUUUCAUUCAUCCUACCAGGAAUAUUUGGUUACCAGUUAAUAGGAUCCGAGCACCAUCCUCUGGGCGUUCCGUUCCAACUCAGGCUGCUAAAGAACCUAUCGCUGCUACUAACUAUAUGGGGGUUUUUUGUGAUGACCAUCUGCCUAACUGCUGCACUAUUAUUUAAUGCCAGCCACUAA